AUGCCCGGAUACUCUGACAGAGACCGCGACCGCAGAGGAGGAGACCGGGACCGCGACAGAGGAGGCUAUGGCGGCGGAGGAGCUCGUUUUGGGGGAAACCGCGGAGGAGGCGGCGGUGGGAAGUUUGGGAAUCCAGGCGAAAGAUUACGGAAAAAACACUGGAAUUUGGACGAGCUGCCAAAGUUUGAGAAGAACUUCUACCAGCAGCACCCAGAUGUGGGCCGCAGGUCUUUGCAAGAAGUCCAGCAGUACAGAGAGACUAAAGCCAUUACAGUAAAAGGCAGGGACUGUCCAACCCCACUUUUACGGUUCACCGAAGCCAGUUUUCCUUCCUAUGUAAUGGACGUUAUCAACAAACAGAACUGGACUGAACCAACUCCCAUCCAGGCUCAGGGUUGGCCACUGGCGCUCAGUGGGAAAGACAUGGUGGGCAUCGCUCAGACAGGUUCUGGAAAGACUUUAUCGUAUCUUCUGCCUGCUAUUGUACACAUUAACCACCAACCGUUUCUGGAGCGUGGAGAUGGGCCCAUUUGCUUGGUUCUGGCUCCGACCCGGGAGUUGGCCCAGCAGGUCCAACAGGUGGCUGCAGAAUAUGGCAGAGCGUCUCGUCUCAAAUCAACCUGUAUCUAUGGAGGAGCGCCCAAAGGACCCCAAAUCCGAGAUCUGGAAAGAGGUGUGGAGAUCUGCAUUGCGACCCCGGGCAGACUCAUCGACUUCCUUGAAUCUGGAAAGACCAACCUUCGCCGCUGCACUUACCUCGUCCUGGAUGAAGCUGACAGAAUGUUGGACAUGGGAUUUGAACCGCAAAUCCGGAAAAUUGUCGAUCAAAUUAGACCGGACCGUCAAACCCUGAUGUGGAGCGCCACCUGGCCGAAGGAGGUGCGGCAGCUGGCAGAGGACUUCCUCAAAGAAUAUGUUCAGAUCAAUGUUGGGGCUCUGCAGCUCAGCGCUAACCACAACAUCCUGCAGAUCGUAGAUGUUUGUAGCGACGGUGAAAAGGAAGACAAAGUUAUUCGUCUCUUGGAGGAAAUUAUGAGUGAGAAGGAAAACAAGACUAUUAUUUUUGUGGAGACAAAGAGGCGUUGUGAUGACUUGACCAGGAGGAUGCGCAGAGAUGGGUGGCCAGCUAUGGGCAUCCACGGAGACAAAAGUCAGCAAGAGAGAGACUGGGUCCUCAAUGAGUUCAAAUAUGGAAAAGCACCCAUCCUAAUUGCGACAGAUGUAGCUUCCCGAGGUCUAGAUGUUGAAGACGUCAAAUUUGUCAUCAACUUUGACUACCCCAACAACUCUGAGGACUAUAUCCACCGCAUUGGCCGAACAGGACGUAGUGAAAAGACUGGCACCGCCUACACCUUCUUCACCCCCAACAACUUCAAACAAGCGGGCGACCUCAUCUCUGUGCUCCGUGAAGCCAACCAAGCAAUCAACCCCAAGCUCCUCCAGAUGGCUGAGGACAGAGGAGGUCGUUCAAGGGGCGGGAGAGGUGGCGGCUUCAGAGAUGACCGGCGCGAUAGGUAUUCAGGCAAGCGUGAUUUUGGUAGUUUUAGGGACCGGGACAACAACAGAGGAUACGAUGGAGGACCUAAUAAAAGCUUUGGCUCAAACACCCAAAAUGGAGGCUUUGGAGGCGGCAACAACUUUGGCUACAACGGAAACGGACAGUCUAACUUCAACAACCAACCAGGAAACUUUGGGGCUCAAAAUGGCUUCCAGCCACAACCGUUUGGGGGCCCAAAGGGGCCCGCUCAGAAUGGCAAUAGUCACCCACCCUUCCCCUUCAACCAGCCCCAGGGACAGCAGCACCCUCCCCCCCCACUGGUGCCCUACCCCAUGCCCCCGCAGUUUCCACAGUAA